GGGACCUUGGGAUGGGGACCAAGGGUCUGGGAGCCCCAGGGCUGUAGGGUUGUGGGACAUGGACCAGGGGCUGGGGGGGCUGCAGGGCGGUGAUGUGAGGACCGGGAGACUGGGGGCCAUGGAGCUGAGGCCCCCAGCACCACCCCCCAGCCCCAUGCCGUGUGGCGCUAGGAAGCCGCAGACUCGCUGCUUCCUGCUGCAUCAGCUACUGGAUUUCCUGCAGGUCCUCGAGCCUCGGCUGCCCCAGCACCCCAGUCCCUUUGCUCCCCCAUACCCAGGGGCCAGGCCUUGGCUCCCCCAGCACCAGGAACUGGAGCAGGACCCUCCAGUGCUUUUGGGCAGGAUUACCAUGGAGCAUUGCCGUGGUUGGGGGGGAAUCCAUGGCUGUGGGGCACAGCCUGGCCGUGGGGCUCGUUCUAUCUGUGGAGCACAGCCUGGGGUAUGGGCAAAGCUGGGCCACGGGGCAUUGCCGUGGGGACACAGCCUGGCCGUGGGGCAUAACGCUGCCCAAUGAGUCCCGGGUCCCUGCUGCCACCCAUGGCACCACUCCGCCCCAUUCCACCACAGCCCAUGGCCUGACUCCCACUGCCGUGCCCUGCAGAUGGCGAGAGCCCGGCUGUAGUGCCCGGGCGUCCCGAGCGGGGUGAGGAUGUUGGCAGGGCGGUGGCGGCUGGAGGGGCGGCGGUGGCGGCGCGCCGAGCCAGCCGUGGUGCUCCGCGCCCUCUACGACUACACAUACCGUGCGGAGGACGGGCGGCAUGUGGCCAUGUCUGCUGGCGAGCAGUUCCUGCUGCUCCACAAAGCCAACGAGGACUGGUGGCAGGUGAGACGGGCCAGCGAGCCGCGCUGGGCUCGGCCCUUCUUCGUGCCUGCUACCUAUGUGGCCGAGCUGGAGCCUAGUGACACUGAGAGAUGGAGCACGCUACUCCCCAGCCAGCCCGCGGGCACAGGCCGGCCGCUGCAGUACUGCUCGCUGGAAGACCUGUGUGGCCCACCCCCAGCCCCCCCUGAGGGGGCCAGGCUGACCCCCCCACACGCCCUGGGCCGCUGUAUCAGCACCAGCCAGUUGGCAGAGGGGGCCUUGCCGCGGUGCCAGUCCCAGCAGGAGCCACUGGCCCCAGGGACUGGGUCGCCCCCCCCGGGAGCUGCCAUGAUCUACUGCAACCUGGAGGAGCUGCAGCGGGCAGGGGGCCAGGCUGAGCCCCCACUGCCGGCUGGGCCCCCCCUGCAGGUUUUGGGGACCUGGGAGCGUCACCUGGACCCCACCACUGGUCGCUGCUUCUUCUACAACCCCCAGACAGGCACGAGCUCCUGGAAACCCCCUCGGCGGCAGCGGGAGGCGGUAGUCAUGGAGGGCCUGCCCCCCUCUGCCGACACCCCCCGGACCAUGAGACACUGGAGCUUCAGGGGUGCUGGGGACCCCGGUGACACCCAGCUGAGCCACAGCCAGACCCUCGCCCACCACAGCCCAGAGGACCGGGCAGCUGCCCCCCAGCCCUCCCUGGCCCCCGCUAAGCCCCUGCCCUGCACCCCUGCCCUGCCCACUGAGGUGCAGAAGGCCGGGCAGCUCAACAGGACCAAGAUCGCUGAGGGGGGCAGGAAGCUCAGGAAGAGCUGGGGGGUCUCCUGGGUGGUGCUGGCCGGGAACAGCCUCAUCUUCUACAAGGAACCCAAGGGGCUGGAACCCACUGCCUGGUGCCCUGCCACUAGCCGCCCUGAGAGCAGCGUGGACUUGCGGGGGGCUGUCCUGGAUUGGGCCCGUGACCUCUCCAGCAAGAAAAAUGUCAUUCACCUCCGCACUGUGACGGGUAACGAGUUCCUGCUGCAGUCGGACCAAGAGGCCACCAUCCAGGAGUGGGCUCGGGCCAUCUGUGGGGUCAUCCGCUGGCUGGACCUGGAGAACCCUGUGGACGCGCCCGUGGGGUGGCUGCGCCGGGGGGAUGUCGAGGACCUGGAGAAGCUCAGCAGGGACGAGGAUGAGGUGCCAUGGGUCACGGAGGGGGCUGGGGAUCCAGGGGCUGCCCGUGCCCCCGACCCCUCGGAGAAGAAGCGGGUGAAGAGCAAGCUGAGGCGCUUCAUCGUCAAGCGGCCCCCGCUCCAGAGCCUGCAGGAGAAGGGGCUCAUUCGAGACCAGGUGUUCGGGUGCCGCCUGGAUGCCCUGUGCCAGCGGGAGAGCACCACGGUGCCACGAUUCGUCCGGCUCUGCGUGGAGGCCAUCGAGGAGCGAGGCCUUGACGUCGACGGGAUCUACCGGGUCAACGGGAACCUGUCCGUGAUCCAGAAGCUGCGUUUCGCCGUGGACCGGGAGCGAGCUGUGACCUCGGACGGGCGCUACGUCUUCCCUGAGCGGCUGUGCCAAGAGGAGCGGCUUAGCCUGGCAGAGCCCGAGUGGAGCGAUGUCCACGUGCUGACCGGAGCCCUCAAGCUCUUCCUCCGGGAGCUGCCCGAGCCCCUGGUGCCGCACAGGCUCUUCCAGCCCUUCAUCGAAGCCAUCAAGCUGCCAGACCCCCAGGAGCAGGUGGAGAGGGUGGCUGAGCUGGUGCAGAGCCUGCCCCCUGCCAACUAUGCCACCCUGCGCUACCUCCUGGCUCACCUCUGCCGGGUGAUGGAGCGGGGAGAUGUCAACCGCAUGACACGCCAGAACAUCGGCAUCGUGUUUGGGCCAACGCUGCUGCGGCCGGAGCGGGAGCCGGGCAGCCUGGCAGCGGGCAUGGCCCAGCAGAACCAGGCCGUGGAGCUGCUGCUGGCACACUUUGAGCGCAUCUUCCCCGCCCUCCCCUGAGCCUGGCCCCCCGCCCCCCAGCUCAGGUAGGGCUGCUCUGCCAGCCCUUGCCCCUUCCCACCCCCUCCCCGGCCUCCCUGCCCCAUGUACCCCCCACCCUGCAGUAAAGAGACGCUGUCCCCGGGACCGCCAGCCCCUGCUGCGCUGCCCUGGGUGAGGGGUCUGCGCCUCCAA